UAACUUAUCGGAAAAAACAAAUUAAAAUUGAAACAUAUGUUUCUUUUUAGGUUAAAAUUACAUAAUCAUAUGUCAAACAAGUCAAAAUUUAAAAACGUUAGUAUUAAGCAUUACAAAUUUUCUUUUUAAAAAAUUCAGAAGGGGACACCAUGUCAAAAAUAAAAAAAACAGACGUACACAGGUUCAAACGAUACCUAAGGACUCUAAUUGAAGAUGCAGUGAGGACCCAAUGUGAUGGUGUGACUUCGGACGAGGUAACAAAUUACAUUCAAGAAAGGCUGAAGAAAGACGUGCAGAACAGAGUGAACGCCCUGCUGGCGAUGGGAUCGGAAGUCGGCAUGGUGAACAAGAAGGAGGAGGGGAGGUACGUGGUGAAGAAGGGUGCCGGGGAGCUGGAGAAGGCACUCGACAAGUGCUACCGUCCCAAGAAGUUCUGCCCCCCUCCGAUGCCCUGCUGCAACGACCCCUGUCCUCCCGAGGAGUGCAACGCCCCCAAGAAGAGGAAGAAGAAGGUGGAAAAGAACAAGAAGAGCAAGGGCAGCGGCUGCGGGUCCAACGUCUGCAACAUGCACCCCGAGGUGAACCCCGCCUCCCCGGUCUGCCUGUGCCCCCGGGAGGCCGGCUCCCCCAAGUGCUGCAAGAGGAUCAAGAGGUACGCCCACCGCAAGCAGAGGAAGCUGCCUGGCUACAGGGAAGAAAUAUGUGAAAACUACUACUCCGGUUCAGAAGCUUAACUUAAAUGUUCAAUAAAUUGUUUUGUAACAAGGUGUUUCGUCUUCUCUUAUAUUAAC